AUGAGUGAAGAGAAGGAUUACCUCACAGGUAGUACCUCCGCAGAGAGUUACCUUGGUGGAGGGAAGGACCAACAGGGGGAAAUGGCGAAGACCCCCAAGGACGGUUCUGAUAGUAAGACGGAAACUGAACAAGGAGAGAUACUCGAUGCGGAGCGAGAAGGUAAAUCAGAUAAGGAAGGAAAGGCAGAGGAGACGGCGGCAAAAAUGAAGAAGAAAAAGAAAAAGAAGAAGAACUCACAGACGGAGGAGUUGGUAGAAGCUGGAAUCAAAGCGGGGAUGAAACAGAAAAAAAAAAGGGAAAAUAAAUCGGAAAGGAAAAGUAAAAACGGAACGGACGAAAAAAUCACUUCACAGAAGGGAUCCGAAAAGUCCAACUGUCAAACAGGAAAAAAGAAAAGCCCAAAGGAAGGGAAAGGAAAACUACCAAAAGGAAGAAAACAACAUGGAGGAAAAUAUAUCAAAAAGGAGACGGAUUAUGAGGAUACCACUGGGAGCGACCUGUGCAGUUCCAGUGUAAGGAGCGAAAACACCAAAAGGGGAAAAAACAUUUUUGCAAACGAAGAAAUUGAAGAGAGUGACGAUGAGUACAACUUGAGUAGGCUCGGGAAUUUCGACAUGAAGCAUUACGAAGAUUUGGACAUUUUGGGCUACGACAUCUGGGGAAAUAAGAUCCAGAAGACGGACGAAAACGCCAUCGACGAUUUCAUCGAAUCCAAGACAGACAAAAACGCAUGGAGAAAAAUAAAAGAUAAAAAAAACAAUCGAAUUGUGGAGCUUACGAACCAAGACCUAGAAAUAAUCAGAAGUAUUCGUCAAAAUAAAGUGGCUAAAUAUCUGAACGAGGAAAAUUACGUGUACGAAAAUGAAAAGGAGGAAUACAAAUUGGGAGUGAAGGAGCCAUCCAACCGCAAGUAUAAACAAUCAGCAGAGGAAAAAAGAAAAAUAGAACAAAUAAUAAUGCACUUAAUGGAUAAGGAAAAGAAUCCAGAAAAAUAUAAAAAAGAAGACGAUGAAUAUAAGCUACUUUACGAUUUGUGGAGGAAUAAAAUUUACGACGAUUUUAACAACUUUAAUGAAAUGAAUUUGCCAAAUAUUUUGCCAGGACAUAAAUACAGUUACAAUCCUCCCCCUGAGUUAAUGUACAAUUCAGCGGAGAGAAGAAAAAUAUUAAAACAAAAUAAUGAUGCUUUCAUUCCUCAAAAUUUUGAAAAAAUCAGAAAUAUCGAAUUUUAUAAAAAAACAUAUUUUGAAUUAUAUCAGAGGUGUUUAGAUUUAUACCUCUGCUCAAGGUCAUUGAAAAAUGUACUUCAUAUAAAGAAGGAGGAUUUACUUCCAAAAUUACCUUCCACCCAAUCCUUGAAACCAUAUCCGCAAUACCCAUUUGUGAAAUACAACAUGGAUGAAGCCAUUAAUGGAGACAAAAAUAAAUACUUGAACCAGAUAGAUGUAAUGGAAGAUCACCAUAUCGUCUAUGUAGUUCAGUGUGGCAAGCUCUAUAUCUUUGACAUUCUGACAUCAUACAAUAUUGCCGUGAUAGACCUGGCCUAUUACUAUGGGGCCACACUGCCCAGGGCGAAGGGCGGGGAAAAAAAGGGAGGAAUAUCUUUUGAUAACAUUCGUAUAAAGGCCAAUAAGGCGUACGACAUCGUGGCGGUGUCCUUUGGCAAUACGAUUUUUCUUUUCCAUUAUGAGAACUUCAUUCCUCCUGCCAAAUCAAGUGCGGAUAAUAUUGAAGAAGUAUACCGCACUGACUCCAAACGGAGAAAGAAUUCCGCUGAGGACGAUGAGGAAUAUAGCAGAUGUGACGACACUCUGUCGGAAGAGCGUGACAGUGAGGGGGAAGCGGCACAUUUGUCGGGCGAUGAUGACGAUGGCCAUUUCGAGGGUUCUCUAGAUGAUGAUGAGGAUGAUGAGGAUAAUGAUGACGAGGACGAUGAGAACCAUGGGGAUGAUGAAUUAGACAAAAAUGAGGAAGACGCAGAGGAGAAACACUCUGGAAAGAAAUGUGAACAGUUGAGUAAAACUAUGGCCUAUUGUAAGACGAAAGGUUUACUGAGCGUGUUCCAUAAAAAUUUUAAAACAUCGGAGGAAUACGUGUACUCCCCCGAUGUGGACGUGAAGUGGAAGUACAUAAAACCGAAUGACCGGAAGAUAAAGUAUUGCGUCGCAAUCCAGCAUGAGGGAAAAAUAAGGAACUUCUCGUGGAACAAAAAUGGAAAUUACCUCUCCGUAACGUGCUUACGAAAAGUUGGACAGUACCACUACUGCUAUUUGCAUCAUUUAAAAUCAAUGAAGUCAAUCAAACUGAUAAAGAAAUACAAUCAAAAGAGGGGAGACCUCGUUCAGUCCAUGUUCUUUCCCUCUAGUCCUUAUUUCUUGGCAGCCUUUGAAAACGGGAUCACGAUAUAUAACCUGAAAGCCAAGUCGAAGAAUGAGAGAAUCGUAAAAAAACUAAGAGGCAUUCAAAAUAUAACAUGCGUGGAUGUACACAUUAACGAAAGUUACAUUUUAUCCUCGGAUGAGAAUGGGAACGUGUUCAUUUUUGACUUGGACCUGUCGUGCAAUCCGUACAAGAAAUUUCACCUCCAGGAGUGUUCCUUGAAGAAGGUGGAGUUUCACAAGAAGUACAAUUUGUUUUAUUCGUUAAGUUCAAAUGGAGUAGUGAACUUGUUUUAUGCGAAGUUUUUUCAAGACUAUGUAACCAACCCUGUUUUGUUACCAAUUACGCAGUUAUCCAGUGAGUCAAAGAUUUGCGAUGUCACCUGGUCGGGCAGGAGCCCAUGGCUGUUUGCGCACACGGAAGGAAACUUUUCCGUCCUGUACACAUAG